AUGGCGCUUUGCAGCUCAGCAGCUACGCCUGCAUUCCUCAAAUUCAAGGCCGCAUACACACUUCUCUACCCAACCCAUUCUUCUUUUUCUUCUCUAGUUUCUUUACCCCGAAACUUUCUUCUUCUUCCUAUCAGAACCACCGCAAUCUUCUCUACUACUUGUAUUAAACAUCUAAGCAUCAACAAUUCACCACCUCCUGCCCGCAAGUUCGUAACGUCAGCUUUCACUUCAGAAGCUGAAGCAGCUGAUGCCACCCUUGAGAAGCUUCCUGCUGAUCUCAAGGUUACAGAAACCCAAGAGCCCAAUUCCAGAGUUAGGUUGAGUGUAGAAGUUCCACCUGAAGUAUGCGAAGAUUGCCACAACAGAAUUAUCCAAGAGUUUAUGAAGCGGGCUAAGGUUCCUGGAUUUCGCCCUGGACACAAUGUUCCAGAGAGUAUUCUUGUUAACUAUAUUGGGAAACAGAAUAUCCAGAAAGCUAUUAUUGAAUCAAUAUUGAAGAGAACCCUUCCGCAUGCCAUGUCUUCUAUUGCUGGAAAAGCAUUGGAUGAUUCACUUCGAAUAGUUACAAAGUUUUCAGAAAUGGAGAAGACUUACUCUUCUUCAAACUCUCUGAGAUAUGAUGUAGUUGUUGAUGUGGCGCCUGAACUCAAAUGGAUUCCGGAAGGAGGAUACAAGAAUUUGAAGAUUGUUGUGCAGAUAGAUAGUGAGAUAACUGCCCAAAUAGCCUCUGAAGAAGAACUUAAGCGCCGUCACAAGUCGCUGGGUGCACUAAAAAUUGUAACUGAGAGAGGGCUACAGCUUGGUGAUGUUGCUAUCCUUGAUAUAUCUGCGACGACAUUUGAGGAAGAUAAAUCUGCCGCUAAAAAAAUUCCAUCUGCUGAGAGCAAAGGUUUUCAGUUUGAUACAGAGGACGCAGAUAAAAUACUUCCCGGCUUCCUUGAGUCAAUUGUUGGAAUGCAACGAGAGGAAUCAAGGACCUUUCCUUAUGUAUUUCCUGAAACUUGGGCUCAAGAAGAUCUGCGUGGCGUUCGUGCAAAUUUUACAGUUGAAUGCAAGGAAUUGUUUUAUCGAGAUCUCCCCGAGCUUAAUGACUCAAUUGCAAAUAAGCUACUACCUGGAUGCAAAACAUUAGAUGAGGUCAAGGAAUCAUUAUUGCAGAAAUGUCUAGAAGUGGAGCAAACAGCCAAAGAACAAGCAGCAGAUAAUGCUAUCCUUGAUCGAAUAUCCAAGAUGAUUGAAGUAGAUAUCCCCCGGUCUUUGUUUGAGGAACAAGGAAGACAACUUUAUGGAGCCCAACUCUUACAACUACAGGCAAAUUCAAAGCUAAGUGAGAAACAACUGGCAUAUUUAUCAAGUCCCAAGGCCGUCAAUGAGUUCCUGGAAACCAACAAGGAGAAUAUACAUCAUAUAAUAAAGCAGAACCUAGCUGUUGGAGACAUAUUUAAACGGGAAAAUUUGCAGUUCUCAACAGAUGAGCUGGUGAAGGAAGUGCAGAACUCUAUUUCGGAGUUUAAGAAACAUAAUCAGGAAUAUGACGAGGAUCGUGUUAAGGAACAGGUGCAAGAGGUGCUUGAGGGAGCAAAAGUGCUCGAGUGGCUGAGAGAACAUGCUGAAAUCGAGUACAAAACACAAUAA